UCGGACUCAUCAGCAGCAUGGCUGUCAGUAUAAAUUUGAAGCUUGAACGAUGCGCUUCCUCUCGUCACGUUGGUUUUUUUUGUUUGUGCAUUUUGACGAAAAUGAUAUCGUGUGUGAAUUUGUGUGGCAUAAAAUAUGGAAACCCUUGGGUGCAGUGACCUGAUAUCUGCCUUGUUACGCAAGGAGUGGAAUUGCAGGGGUUGAUAACGAGACAGCAGCAUGACGUCCCGGUUGGACCGUCUGUUCGUGCUCCUAGAGGCGGGCGCUGGGCCGGCAACCCGCCGCGCCGCCGCCCGGCAACUAGGAGAGGUCCAGAAGGCACAUCCUGAGGAACUGCACCGGUUGCUCGGCAGGCUCAUGACGCAUCUCCGGUCGCCUGCUUGGGAGACUAGGGGUGCUGCUUCUCAGGCGGUGGAAGCGAUCCUCGCGAACGUACCGGAAUGGCACCCAACACCGUUCACGGGCAAGAAAGAAGAGAAGACGGAGCCAGAAGACAAUGGGCGCCUCCGAUGCGAGACCUUCGACAUAGAGCGAGUGCUGCAGAACGGAGCACACCUCAUGGGCUCUGAAGGCCACGAGUACGAUCUGGAUGAGGAACCGCUGAACUCUGCAGAUUCGAAGGAGCGCCUAGCGAAACAGCGGCAGCAGCUCAACGCUCGCCUAGGGCUCGACAUGGCCGCCAACUUGGGGGUCGAUCUCAACUCCAUGUACACUAAUGAGGACCUGUGUCCCGUUAAACCUGUAGUAAACAAGACUGAACUGUGUCGGAGACCAGUACAAGAAAUAGUGAUAUCAUCGAAAACGCUAAGCUCGCGGGAGAUGAACUUAGCGAAACGCAAGGCUCGCCUCGCCUUCAGCAAGCAAAAGUCCCGCGAUUGCAGCGAAGACGGGCCCUCGGCGCCGCCCACGCCGCCCGUCGAGCCUGAUAGGAAGAAGAUCAAGUUGGAACUGCCUGAGGAAUUUGUGUUUGAAAGCAACGCACCAACGCCGGAUUGUUCCGGUUCUUGGGGGGAGUGCACACGCUGGCCCCUGGAGGCCUGGGCGGGGGCCCUACAGGCACAACUGUUCAGUGCGGCCUGGGAAGCGCGGCAUGGGGCCGCCAGCGCGUUGAGAGAACUGCUCCGAGCUAGGAUCGUUAGUUCCGCGGGACAUGAUGCCAAUAUGACGAAGGAAGAGAUGGAUCAAGCACAUCAAGAAUGGCUAGAGGACAUGGCUCUUCGGCUAUUAUGUGUGCUUGCUCUAGAUCGGUUUGGAGACUUCGUGUCCGAUCAGGUAGUAGCGCCAGUCCGAGAGACCUGCGCACAGACGCUAGGCGUGGCUCUGGCGCAGCUGUCGGCCGAGCGAGCGAGACGCGUGGCGGCGCUGCUGGCGGCUCUCUCCGCGCAUCACCAGUGGGAGGCACGGCAUGGAGCACUACUGGGGUUCAAGUACUUGCUGGCCGCGAGACAGGAAGUGGCCUGCGAGAGCGGCGCUCUAGAACACCUCAUCCGUGGCCUCGACGACUGCGCAGAGGACGUAUCAGCCGUCGCAGCCGGGGCCCUGGCCCCCGCCGCCGCGGCGCUGGCGGCCCGCCGGGCCCAUGCCGUGCGGCCCGUGGUCACAAGGCUCUGGAUACUGCUGGCUGAUCAAGAUGAUUUGGCUUCACCUGCGAACUCUUAUAUGGCAUUGUUGGCUGCGUUAAUGGCGUUGCCUGAACCGGCUAGUUUGUUGCAUCCAAUCGACCUAGCUGACGUCCUGCCCCGCCUAUGGCCGUACCUCGACCACUCAACCAGUUCAGUCCGGAAAGCUACUCUUCAAACACUUCGGACCCUCACCCGGCCUCUAGUCACGACACACAACGGUGACGUCACCAACGGCGGCAGUGACGUCACAAACGGUCACGACCAGUAUCUAAGCUGGACGCCCGAGCUGCUGCAGGAAGCCAUGAGACAUAUCUACCAGAGGGUGCUGUUUGAGCACGUGCACGACAUACAGGAGAUUGCAGUACAGGUGUGGGAAAACUUCCUGAAGUACGCGUCGUUAGGAGUGAUCCUCCUGGCGGCGUGUCCCAUGCUGGCCACGUGGCUGUGUCUGGCCAUGCAGCCCGCGCGGCUGCCCGUCGACGCCGCACUGCUGUUACACCCACCGCCUAAGGAGCGUCGCACCCGCACCACGUCGCAGUCUCUCGACGGGCCGGUACCGGCGGAGCUGCGGCCCACCCGUGCAUGGUUCGUGGGCGGCAGCGAGUCCGCGCCCUGCGCCGCUAGAGACGCCAACGUUAUGCGCGCGAGGUGCCGGGCUGCACAUAUACUGGGUUACCUGUCGUGCUACCUGGUACAACCUGCACCUGGUAUAGAGUACAAAGCUGAAGAUGAGAGCCCCAUAGACUGUUAUGUUAAGGUAAUGGUAGUAUACCUGCGGUCAGGCAGUGCGCUACAACGACUGGUGGCGAGUCUGGUUGUGUCGUCGUGGGCGAAGCACACUGUCACGCAGAACAAGUUCCCGCCCAGCAUACAUACUAACGGACAUGUUGAACAUAAGGAAGAAGAAAGCGAGCCACAAAACAGUGAAGACGAGAGUCCUAUAUCAAGGCUAGCGCCGCCGCUACUCACGAGUACAUUACACACGGCGUUGAACCAAGCUCUCUACUACGACGAGGUGGCGCUCAAUUGUAAUAGGAUAUUACAAGAGGCUCGAGAUUUACACGCGAUGAUGAAACAUUACAAGUUACCCAUUGAUGGGGAAGAAUUAAGCAAUAUAUUGAGGCUAGAACAGGUAGGUUACCUAACGACGGUAUCUCAGCCAUUAGUGGCGGCGAUGAAAUUGAAACGCGCGGCACAAUCAUUGGAGGAGAGACGGAAAAACUUGCAGACUGCCGUCAAUCUGUGCACUAUUGAGCAGGGAUCGCUUAAUGUGUCUGUCCAAGCAGCGUUAGCAGGAGCCUGUGCAAACCUACACUUAUUACCAGAAAAACUGAACCCCGUAGUCCGACCGCUGAUGGAGAGCAUCAAGAAGGAACCUUCGGAGGAACUGCAGCAGAACUCGGCGGAAACCCUCGCCGCGCUACUGUCGCAGCUGGUCAAUAGAGAGCCUUGUCCGAAUAAUAAGGUGUUGGUUAAUCUGAAGGCGUUUUUGAGAUGUGAUCCAGAAUACACGCCGCGUAUUUCGCUGGAAAGUACAGAGGAAGCGAAUGGCGACUCCGGGAGUGGGGACAGUGGACACGAGGGAAAGGGGGAACAGGUCUCGCAUGGACCUGCUAUGGACAAGCACAGCGGCAUUUUAACACUAUGGGAGCAGCAGCGCUGCGCAGACCGCACGGCGCCGCGGCGCGGGCGCCCGCCCGCACACGCCGCGCUCAACAUCGACCAGCUGCUGCCGCAUGAGGAUGAGGCUCGAAAAUUACUAAGGAUACAGCGACGCGGGGCUACGUUAGCUCUAACAAGUUUAGCUACGUACUUCGGAGACGAGUUACCAGAAAAAUUACCUAAAUUAUGGGAAUUCAUCACCGAACCACUUGAGAGGGUUUUAACUGAUAGUGAACUAGAACAACAAGAAUGCAGUGCAGCCGAAGAAAUCAUCAGCCGGCUACAACUAUUUGAAGCCGUCUGCAGUUCCCUAUCUACCUCCCUUCGGCCGAGACUCGCUAACUGCGGGCGGGCGGCCACGGCACUGACUCGCAGUAACUAUACGGCGUUACGGCAUAUGGCGGCGAGGGCUUUGGCGGCAAUGUGCAGGAGUGGGUACCCGGGGGUUAUGCAUACUGUUAUAGAUGAGUUAAUACCAGCACUAAGUGACGUGCGCAGUGACAGAGUGCGGUGCGGCGCGGCGGAGGCUCUCGCGCGGGUCGUGGACGCCUUACAGUUGCAAAUCGUGCCUUAUAUCGUGCUGCUUGUUGUACCGUUAUUAGGACGCAUGAGUGACCACUGCGAGGCAGUCCGCAUAAUGUCGACGCGCUGCUUCGCGUCCCUCAUACAGCUGAUGCCGCUGGACGGCGCCGCCGCCGAGCCGCCCGACCUCGCGCCCGACCUGCGGCUGCGCAGGCAUCACGACAAGCUCUUCCUUGAACAGCUCUUCAACCCUAAGACUAUUAAGGAUUAUAAGAUCCCUGUGCCAGUGUCGGCUGAGCUUAGGAGUUAUCAACAGGCUGGAGUAAACUGGCUGCGGUUCCUAUACGAGUACAAGCUACACGGGGUGCUAUGCGACGACAUGGGUCUCGGCAAGACGCUGCAGUCCAUCGUGGUGGUGGCCGGCAGCCACUGGGAGCGCGGCCGGUGUAACGCGCCCGCGCUGCCCUCGCUCGUCGUCUGCCCGCCCACGCUCACUGGCCACUGGGUAUUCGAAGUGAACAAAUUCAUCCCAUCAAAAUUCCUAAAACCUCUCCAAUACGUAGGCAUACCUUACGAACGGGAGCGAUUACGUCAUCACGUGAAGAAUUACAACUUUAUCGUAGCGUCUUACGAUAUUGUGAGAAAAGAUAUCGACUUCUUCAGCAAGAUCAAGUGGAACUACUGUAUAUUGGAUGAAGGGCAUGUUAUUAAGAAUGGAAAGACCAAAGUUUUUAAGGCGAUUAAGCAAGUUGUUGCGAAUCAUAGGCUGAUUUUGUCGGGGACGCCGAUACAGAACAACGUGCUAGAGCUAUGGUCGCUAUUCGACUUCUUAAUGCCCGGGCUCCUGGGCACGGAGCGUCAGUUCACGGCGCGGUACUCGCGGCCCAUCCUCGCGGCGCGCGACGCCAAAGCCACGCCGCACCAGCUGCAGGCCGGCGCACUCGCCUGCGAAGCUCUGCACAGACAGGUGUUACCAUUCCUCCUUCGUCGAGUCAAAGAGGACGUGCUCAAGGAACUACCUCCUAAGAUAACGCAGGACUACUACUGCGAGCUGAGUCCGUUACAGCGGCGGUUGUACGAAGACUUGUCGAAGGAACAUAUGCCGCACGGCAUUACCUCGCAUCAUACGCAUGUGUUCCAGGCCCUCCACUACCUCCAGAACGUAUGCAAUCACCCGAAGCUGGUGCUCACAGCCGAGCACCCCGAGGCUCGCGCCAUCGCCCGCAAGUUGCAGGAACAGCACUCUUCACUGGACGAUAUACAUCAUUCUGCCAAGUUGCCUGCACUCAAACAACUACUCCUAGACUGCGGCAUCGGCACCCCCACGGCUGACGAGGAGCCCGAAGCCAUCGUGUCCCAGCACCGCGCCCUCAUCUUCUGCCAGCUCAAGAAGAUGCUAGACAUCGUCGAGAACGACUUGUUGAAGCGCCAUCUGCCGGCCGUCACGUACCUGCGGCUGGACGGCAGUGUGCCGCCGCAUCAAAGACAUGCUAUUGUGACGAGGUUCAACAAUGACGUGUCUAUUGAUUUGUUGCUGCUUACCACUGCGGUGGGCGGCCUAGGUCUGAACUUAACAGGAGCCGACACGGUAAUAUUCGUAGAACACGACUGGAACCCCAUGAAGGACUUACAAGCGAUGGACCGAGCACAUCGCAUCGGACAGAAGAAGGUCGUCAAUGUAUACCGACUCAUUACUCGGGAUACGCUCGAGGAGAAGAUUAUGGGCCUACAAAAAUUCAAGCUGCUAACGGCGAACACGGUUAUCAGCAGCGAGAAUGCUGCCAUGGAAACCAUGGGCACAGACCAGCUACUAGACCUCUUCAACCUAUCAAGCAGCAACAGUGCUCCUCAAUCACAACAGCAGCCCGGCCCGUCCGGCAUGAAAUCCGUACUAGAGACCCUACCAGACCUCUGGGACGAUAAACAAUAUGAAGAAGAGUAUGACAUGACUAAUUUCAUCAAAGGACUCAAUAAAAUGACCACCUAGCAUCUAGAACUGCCGCUUCCAUCGACAAAAUUCUUCUCACUUUUCAAUAAACAUGUAGGCCAUUAUGGAUAAAUUCUUCAGUAUGAAAAUUUUGAAAAUAUGUCUACUAAAGCGUUAGUUACUUCGUUAAUUAGUAAUAAGGCUUAGAAUGUGUUCUCUGAUGUUAAAAUGUAGGCGAUUUGUACAAUGUAUUUUGUUAGGCUGUGGCCUCACUGAUGGUUUUAAGGUAAGGAACUGCUUAUAAAUUGAAAAGCGACAGCUGUCUAUAUUGGGUUAAAAUAGCUGCUUAAAGUAAUGCUACUAAGUCAGUGAGGCCGUACACCUAAGACCUUCCUUCAAAGUGUAGACAAAAGUAUAAACUUCGACUAUCUUACAAAGUCUUGCUUCGAAGGCCGGUCGCUAUGUUUGAAGAGGCUGACCCGUUUUAGUAGAUUUAAUAUAGUUGUAGACACAGACAGCUUUAGUAAGUUGCCUUAGUAAAUGUUCUAUGAAUCUUGUAUUUCUUAUAUUUUGUGUAGUUGUUAGACGUAGGGUCACAUACCAUUUCAUUAUCAUCAUUUUGAACAGUAGAACAUAUAGUUAGCAUUUAUGAUUGUUUUUUGUAACUAAGGCAAUGUUAGAGUACUAUCUGUCGGUACGAAAAUGGUCAAUUACAUGUCACGCUUUUAAAAAUGUAAAGAAAGACACUUAUAUGAUACUAUAUUCACGUAAAAUUACUAUUUAUAGAAAUAAGCAGGGCUUAUCAUUCAUCCGUCACUUACUAUAGUUCGCUUGCAGCAAGUAUAAACGAAGACAAGUUUUUCCAAGCUUUAUUAAGAGAAAGAUUUAUGCAUGAGCUUUCAUGCAAGUGUGAUGUUACUAAAAAAUGCAAAGAAAACAUCAAUUAAAUUAGUUUUAAAUAGGUUCAAAUACUUUCCUGAGGUUCAAAUACAAUUAAAAAACAUGUUAUCAUUACAUCAUCUAGUUAUUUACGAAAGAAAAUUAAUAUAUUAGCUACAACUUGUAUAUUAGGUGAGCAAACCAAAUUACUUUAGAUGUUAAACGAUUGUAAUCUACAUCACUGAUCCAUGCUUAUUAUUGUUAAAACUAUAUUUAUUUACUCAUUACUUACGUAAACGUUUCAGUAGUGUGUUUCUGUAAGCUGUUCAAAUGUAAGGUUCCUCUUGUAAGAAAUUACCUCAAUGACUUGAUUUUUCUCUACGAUUGAAUAGUUAAUUUAUUAUUGUAGCAUUGUAAGGAACAGUCAUGCUGCUUUAGUCAUUUUUGUAGUGUUAGUGAGGCGCGCCGAUGCUCGCAUGUUUAAUUUUUAGUUUGGUUUGAAUGAUUCUGUUUGCUGUUUUGUACCUGCUCAAUAUAAAACAACGGUAACGAAAGAUGUGUUAUGUUUCGUCUAAAAUUGCAUUUUAACACAUUUUCAGUGUAUUGAAACAUGCAGAAAAGUAUUGCUGUUGUCAGGGAUAUUUUUGUUUUCUGUGUCCAUUUAUUUUGUUGUGUGGACGUUUUCUGUGUGAAAUCACACGUACUUCCAGUCUAUAAAUUGAUGUAGUUUAAUCUAUGUUUGUCUGUCUGGAUAAAAAUAAAGAUUUUUUUAAUAA